AUGGGAUCUGAGAAUACGGCAACAAGCUGCUCCUCCCCAGGGAGGAAGCCACCAAGACUCACCGAGUCCUCGUUAGUGACGGGGAGCACCUUGGAGGCGUCGGGAGGAGCUGCAGCGGCCGGGAUGUACGAGCGGGUGGAGGCGACGCGGCCAGAGGAGCAGCGCCUGGAGGCGAUGCGUGAUCUCGAGAUCUCCGAAGCCCUCGGCCCGCCGGCUGCAACGGCGCUCUCGGCCUCCGAUUCGGAGCCGGGGGCCGAUUCGGCGGCGGCGGCGAGGGCCCAAGGAGGCGAGGGCGGGUCGGAGCGGCGGUCGUUCCGUGCCAAGUUUCUGCGGCCGGGUGGACUCGGUGGUGGCGGCGAAGACCGACCGAGUAGGCGAGGGCGGGAUGAGGCGGCUGAGACGAGGGCGAGGCGGACUCGGUUGACGGCGGAGAGGGCACUGGGGAGCGUCCUAAUAAUUUUGAAAAGAGGGGGCGCGCACUGGGUCGAGAGGAAGGCGACGGAGAUGGUGGAGAGGAGGGGCGUCGGGACUGGCCGGGGAGGGAUGUGA